AUGGCGAUUGUCCUGGCAGAUGCAGACUUCGGAGGAGAUUUCGAUGAAGAAGCACAUGACAGAGAUGAAUUUCACAUCGACCAGUUGGUGAAUGAGUUCGUCGAUGAACCACCAGUCCGCCAUGAUGUGUAUCCGGAGAGUGAUACCGAUGAAAACGGUGACGGUACAGAGCCAAUUCAUACACAUAUCAGGCGCGGUGAUGGGCAUUUGUACGAUAAGCAGACAUUCUUCAGUGGAGUUGCUUUCAAAGAAGCAGUGACGGACUAUGUUCUCAGAACUGGAAACAAUUUGAAGCAAUACAGGUAUAAUAAAGAUAAAAUUGGCUUUAUGUGUGUUGGUUGUAAUGGAGAUGAUGGUUCACGGUGUGAGUGGAAGGUGUAUGCCGCAAUUCUGCCAAGUGAUAACAUGUGGAGGAUUAGAAAGUUUAAUGAUAAGCAUAGUUGUAUCCCUAAUGGAGAAUGUGAGAUGUUCAAGGUUCCACAUAUAGCUAGGUUAUUUCUUGAUAAGAUUAGAGAUAAUCCUGAGUACUUCAUGCCAAUGAAAAUGGAAGAAAUCAUAAAGGAAAGGUGGAAGAUUAGUGUCACUAGGCAUCAAUGUCAGGCGGCUAGAAAGAAGGCACUAAUUUGGAUUGAUAAGGAGUAUGAUGAACAGUUUGCUAGAUUAAGAGAUUAUGCUGCUGAGAUAUUAGAAUCUAACAAGGAUUCACAUGUAGAGGUUGAAUGUGUGACUGAUGAUGGAGGGAAAGACAUGUUCAAUAGGUUCUAUGUUUGUUUUGACAACAUAAGAAGAACAUGGAAAGAGACUUGUAGGCCUUUAAUAGGAAUGGAUGGUUGCUUCCUAAAGAAUAAGGUCAAGGGACAGCUUUUGUUGCUGAAGACUGACCUUGGACUAAAUGAUGGUGACGGCUUCAUUAUGGUCUCUGAUAGGCAAAAGGGAUUGAUCAAAGCUGUUCAGCUGGAAUUACCAAAGAUGGAGCAUCGAAUGUGUGUACAACACAUCUACGGGAACUUGAAGAAGCAUCAUGGAAAUAAAACUCGGAUGAAGCCACUUUUGUGGGAUUUGGCUUGGUCUUACAAUGAGACGGAUUAUAAGCGGCACUUGGAGAGGAUCUACUGUUAUGAUAUUGGUGUAUACAAUGAUGUCAUGAGGACAAAUCCAAAAAGCUGGUGUAAGGCAUUCCACAAGAUUGGGAGUUAUUGUGAAGAUGUUGAUAAUAACCCCACAGAGUCUUUUAACAGCUCCAUUAACAAGGCAAGGGAGAAACCAUUUAUUGCUAUGCUAGAGACAAUCAGACGACUUGCGAUGGUGAGGAUUGCCAGAAGGUCUGCAGAAUCUUAUUCUCACACAGGGAUCUGCACUCCAUAUGUUGCAUUGUUUCUAGCUAAAGAGCAUAAGUAUGCGUGUGAGUCGAAGGUUUAUUCAAGCACAAAUGGAACAUAUGAAGUACAUCAUGGUUUAGAUAAACAUAGAGUCUGCCUUAAGAAGAUGGACAGCUAUGUGGAGAAGAAACUACACCGAAGGCCUGGUUCCACAGAGAGGUCCAAGGUUUUGGCCUGA